UCAGAUAUCUUCAGAGUAAAAUUGAAAGCAGUAUAGUGAAGUUCAUGGUUGCUUAUUAAGCGCAUAGAAACUGACAGGCAUUUAAUUUAUUAAUAAACAUAAAAUGAGUGAAGAAAAAUACUUACAAUUAAAUAAUGGCUUGAAAAUGCCGAUAGUCGGAUAUGGCACUUGGAUGGCAAGUGAAGAGGAAAUAACCUUUGCUGUAAAUGAAGCUCUCAAGGUAGGCUACCGCCAUAUUGACACAGCACCGGUGUAUUUGAAUGAGAAGGCUAUUGGAAACAUUCUGAAAGAGUGGUUAUCUGAGGGCAAAAUUAACCGAUCCGAUAUUUUCGUCACUACAAAGUUGCCACCACCAGCCGAUAGGCUCGAUCUAGUUGAGCUGACCUUGAGAAAAUCUCUGGAAGAUCUGCAACUGGAUUAUGUCGAUUUGUAUUUGAUACAUACACCAUUUACGGUGGUACUUGACGAAAAAGGCGAAUUCAAACGCUAUGAAGAUGGCUCCAUCGUGGUCGAUCCCCGCACCGAUCACGCAGCUAUUUGGAAGGAAAUGGAAGGUCUUGUUGCAAAAGGUCUAAUCAAAUCCAUAGGUAUAUCGAAUUUCAAUCUGAAACAAAUUAAAAAGCUAAUGGAGCAUUGCACCAUUCAGCCAGCAGUUUUACAGAUUGAGCACCACAUCUACUUGCAACAACCAGAAUUGAUUGAUUAUUGUAAGUCAGUGGGCAUAGCGAUCACCGCCUACUCGCCACUAGGCUCUAAAGGUGUGGGCGCUUUGAACAAGAUGGUGGGUGUAGAGCGUGAACUGCCCGAUUUAUUCGAUGUGCCAGAAGUGAAAAAGUUCGCUGAGAAGUAUAAUAAAAGUCCAGCACAAGUUUUGCUGCGUUGGAUUGUACAAAAGGGUAUAUCGGUAAUACCGAAAAGUACAAAUGCGAAACGCAUGCGUGAGAAUAAGGAUAUCUUCGACUUUGAACUAAGUCCGAAGGAAAUCGAACAGCUCAAUAAACUGGAUGCCAAUGUGCGUAUAGUGGAUUUUGCAUUUUUCAAAGGUGUUGAUAAACAUCCGGAAUUCCCUUUUUAAAUUGGGUAUUCAAAACUGGUCAUUUACUUUAUUUAUUGCACAUGCAUAUACUAAUAUAUAAAAUAUAAUUAGAUUCAAAAUGGCACAUGGAAAUAUAUACAUAUGUACUAUACUUAUAUUUGUAGAAAUAUACACCUCACUUAUUAGUUUCUGCAGCAGGCAA